GUUCAACUGAUCUUUCUUACCUACUUCAAAUCCAUAUCCAUUGUGCUGAACAACAUGACUCCUAAGUGGCUCACGAUGAAAGCGAUGGCCUUGAUUAUUCCUUCGAUCCUGGCAUUGGAUCUUCCGCAGUACAGAGCUCUGAAAACGACUGAAAGCAACAACGUCCUGGAAGUCACGAUCCAUAACCCCGACUCUAUCAUCAAUACUUGGAGUCAAGAUAUUCAGUAUGGGCUCACAGAUCUUGUCCAAAGACUUGGACAGGACAAUGAGACCAGAGUGGUCAUCUUCAAGAGCGAUGUGCCUAGAUUCUUCCUGAAUCAUCUGGACCCUGCGAUUUUCUUUGUCGACAAGGCCGUGGACAAUUUUGCUGCACUCAUGUACAACAUCUCGACCCUUAACCAGGUCACCAUCGCUGCCGUCGAAGGGAGGGCUCGCGCUGCCGGAAAUGAGUUGCUGAUGGCAAUGGACAUGCGCUUCGCGACAAAGAAAGACGUCUUCCUUGGUCAGGUGGAAAAUGCUUUCGGCACCUUUCCUGGAGGAGGAGGGAGUCAACAACUGCACAGGCUGAUUGGUAAAGGCCUGGCAAUGGAGUAUAUUCUGACCUCCAAGGACAUCACAGCUAAAGAGGCGGAGAGAAUUGGUUGGAUCAACAAAGCGUUCGAUUCACCUCAAGACAUGUACACUCACAUCGGAGAAAUCACUGAGCGGCUAACUCUGUUCCCAAGAGAUGGUAUUGUUGCGGCAAAACAGGCAAUGAAUCUCCGCGCGAAUCCAACCAGUGCCGAUUUUACAAACGAUGUCGAUCUAUUCAACCGGAUACUAGUCACGCAGAACUUCACACCGAUCUUCACGAAGUACUUCGAACUCACCAACAAUGGUUCUCUGAGUGAACUCGAGCUCAACUUUGGCCGAGAUGCCACCCUCUUGUACAAGUAA